GCAUGCAGGCUUCAGUAGUUGUGGCUCAUGGGCUCAAUAGCUGUGGCCUGCGGGCUGGGCUCUAGAGCAUAGGCUCAGUAGUUGUGGUACAUGGGCUUAGUUGCUCUGCAGCAUAUGGGAUCUUCCCAGGCCAGGGAUCGAACCCGUGUCCCCUGCAUUGGCAGGCGGAUUCUUAACCACUGUGCCACCUGGGAAGCCCUGGGCAAAAGAUUUGAAAUAGGCAUGUCACAUAAGAUGUCCAAAUGGCCAAUUAAUGUACAAAAGGAUGUUCAGCUUCAUCACUCAUCAAGAAAAUAUAUGAUACAAUACUGCUAACACCCACCAGAGGAGCAAAAGAUGAAAAAGACAAUACCAAGAGUCUGCAAAAAUGUGGAGCAACUGGAACUCUGCUCUAGUGCUGCUGAUGGUGUGUAUUGGUACAACCACACUGGAAAAAUGUUGAUCAGGGAAUCAUCAUCCAAGGACCUACCAGAGACCACCAGAAAACAUGGGGAGAAUUUUCCUCACAGGAGAAAAAGCCAAUUCAGUGUUAAAACGCUACCCAAGAGCUAAUGCAUUUUUUGAAGAAAUGAGACAGGGCAACAUUGAACGUGAAUGCAAAGAAGAAGUCUGCACAUUUGAAGAAGCAAGAGAAGCUUUUGAAAAUAAUGAAAAAACUAAGGCGUUUUGGAACACUUACACGAAAGCACAACAAGGAGAGAGCAACAGAGGAAGUGACUGGUUCCAGUUUUACCUUACCUUCCCAUUAAUCUUUGGCCUCUUCAUUAUCCUCCUUGUCAUUUUCCUAAUCUGGAGAUGCUUCCUAAGAAACAAAACUCGCAGACAGACAGUUACGGAAGGCCACGUCCCUUUCCCUCAGCACCUCAAUAUUAUCACCCCGCCUCCCCCACCAGACGAAGUCUUUGAUAGCAGCGGAUUGUCACCAGGCUUUCUGGAAUAUGUAGUUGGGCGCUCAGAUUCCGUCUCCACUCGCCUGUCCAACUGCGAUCCCCCACCGACCUACGAGGAAGCCACUGGCCAGGUGAACCUGCGGAGGAGUGAAACAGAACCUCAUUUAGAUCCACCCCCGGAGUAUGAGGACAUCAUCAACUCCAGCUCAGCCAGUGCCAUUGCUAUGGUGCCUGUGGUCACCACCAUCAAAUGAAACUGCUCACUUCUUUUUACUAUAAUCGUUUUUAAAAUACUAACAAAAGACCUUUCUAGCACUUUACCACUACAUAAAUGUGCAUCUGACUUAUUGGACUCUGACAGCAUACCACUUCACAUUCUCUGAUUUGAUUUUCAUGAGUUUUGUCUCCUACUCUAAAUUCAUUAUCCAUGCUCAUAUUUGCUAAUGGAAAUAUGUGAAGAGGGAAAAAUACUAGCGGAGGUCUUCAUGUGAGGGGAUGUACGCCUGUGCGUGCAUAUAUGUUUAUGUACAUAUGUACACGCACAUACAUGUGUUUGUACAUCAGCGCAGUAUAUGGGCAGCUGUCUUAAAAAGUCAUUAACAUCUAUCUAAAUCACCUGUAAAGUUAGAACAUUACUCACCAAAAUUGGGGCGGGGGGGCACCAACAAUGUGUGUAAUAGAUAGCAACAUGCUGUUCAAUGUUGAAAAUGAGAUGAACUUAGCAUGUUUUAUAAUUCUUACAGGCUUUUAUUAACCUGCAACUACCUUAAAAGGAAACAAAAAAAUUCAUGUAGUCAAUCACAACUUUAGGAACAUCUCAGAAGGAGACAGAGAAGGAAGGCACACUAAACGAUACCUUGCUCGUAGUGGACAGCAAGAAAAUCAUGGGUCCUUAGUGGCAUUUGGCUAGUUUCCUAGGAGGGAUUUUGUUGCUGUUAUUGACUGCCUCCCCCACAAAAAUUAAACAGUAUUUGCUUAGUAUCUUUGAAUGUCUCAUGCUAUUUGUAUUAACAUCUUGGUGGAAUGGAUUUCCCGGCAAAAGAAUAAUUUCUCAAGUAGAUACACAGAUUAAUGACAGGGAACGGAUGCAGAUUUCUCCUUAGCUCGUUGGCGACAGUAUUUUUUUCGCAUUGUUUCGCUGCCUUUUACUCUACUCCCUCUCCUACCACCACAGAAUCUUCAAGCACCUAAGAAUUUAGUUACAAUGCUUGAAAUUAUUUUCUUAAUGUUUUGGUAUAGAGUGACGCCUUUGUCUCAAGAUGAUCAGGAGGUAAUUUUCCACCAAAUUAAGAACUGUGAUUUUUAUAUUAUUCUCCAGUUGGUGUGCCAGGUGCAUAAUAAAUCUAGUUAUAGCUGCACACAGAUCUCAUUGUUGCUAUUUCAUUUUGUAUUUUCAUCACGUUUUUUUUUUUAGACCGCAGAUUUUUACUUUUCCCUUGGAGCAGGGGGAACAGGCUGUGAAUGAACUGCCAACAUAAACUGGCUCAGAAAGGAAAAAUAAAACAGUUAUACAUACACUGAUGGAAAACUCCCUGUAUCAGUCAGGGAAACGUCUGUGCCACUCCCAUGACUCCUUACUGUUGGAUACAAUGGUUGAUCAGGCAGAAGGAACGCAGGUUCUGGAAGUGUCAUACCCUGCUGCCUCCAUCUCCAUCCCCACCCAGACUCCCCCAAACCCAAGGAAGAAGGACUGCUGGGGAGGACCGUGAACUACGAGUCAGAUGACCUGAAUUCUAAUCCCACUCCGCCAUACACUUGCCAGGCUGCCUUGGGAGAGACCCAUAUGUGACCCUCAAAUUCCUCCCCUCUGAAACGGCAAUAGUAUCACAUGCCCUGCCUUUCUCCUGGGGCUUUCAAAGGAUCUAAUGAGAUGGUGUGCGUGAAAGUCAUUUGCAAGACAUGAAGCGCUUUCUAGGUGUAAGGCCAUAGCACUGUUCUCAUUGCUCUUAUGAAGGGAGAAUUUUCUCCCUCUGUUUCCCUAAAAUGUGUCUGAGUUUUCACAUAGUGAGAAAUAGAGUAGGCUGCUGCAUAACUGGCUAACGGGUUACUAAUCCGAGUGUGUGGGCUCUUAAACACCUGUCAUCCUCUGGUCUAUACCAAUACUGGGCCUACUUAGCUCACACAAACAGGAUUAAGCAACUGUUGGAAAGGGAACUAAGAUGUCUGUGUUUAGAUAAUAGGUUUUACAGCUUUCAUGGACUAAAAAUGAAUAAAUCUUGAACCUGGUCUCAACAGAAAUGACAAUAUUGUUUUGAAUUUGGCCAUGAGUACAUGGUGAUCUCUGGCUUCUAUUUAAAGCUGAGAGUGGGAGUGUUUGAGG